AUGGCAGACGACACAGAGGUGACCCAGCCGCCUUCGCAUGCGCGCUCUACCCCGCCAAAUGGCCAACCCACCAGCCCUUACAACCACCACCACAACUCUCAUCACCACCACCAUCAACAACACCACCCGCAUACUCAGAAUAGCGCCCCUUCUCCUCCCCCUUCCGCCGCCGCUAAUUACGGCGCUCAAGAGGCCACCUUCGUCCGGCCAUCAGACCUGCUACGUCCCAAGGCUGUUCCUCGCAACAUACCCCCUCCUGCCCCUCCGAAAGCAGACCGUCCUAUAGAUAGAGAUGAAAGAGCCGGCUUGCAGGCAAUACGGGACUUCCUUCGAGCGCGCAAAUGCUAUGAUGUGCUACCUUUGAGCUUCCGCCUGAUCGAGCUAGAUGUCGGCCUCACGGUCAAGGAGAGCUUACAGAUCAUGGUCCAGUGUGGCAUUGUCUCCGCACCGCUAUGGGACUCGAAUACUUCCACUUACGCUGGCCUCUUAACCGUCAAUGACUACCUCAACGUUGUCAGGUACUACAACGUCCACGCCGAUAAGCUGAAAGAUGUGGAUAAAUUGCUACUCAGCGAUCUGAAAGAUCUCGAGAAAGUCCUCAACGUCAAACCUCCCGAAACAGUCUCCGCCUCGCCAGAAGCUAUCCUCUACGAUGCUCUCCGCAAACAACUUGUUUCGCGCGCUCGUCGAAUACCCUUGGUCAGCUAUGAUAGCGACACCCAGCGCACCAUGGUCACUUCAGUGAUCACCCAAUACCGUAUCCUGAAAUUCAUCUCUAUGAACGUCAAAGAGACAGACAUGCUGAGAAAGCCCCUCGAGAUGAUAAAACUGGGCACGUAUACCGGCAUUGUGAGGUGUAGUAUGGACACCACGGUAUUGGAUGUGGUUGAUGAGAUGGUCACCAAGAACAUCAGUAGUGUGCCGGUUGUUACAACGGAGGGCAUGCUCCUGAACGUCUUCGAAGCUGUUGACGUGAUUGAGAUCCUCAAAUCCGGCGACUACGGCAACUUGACUUGGACUGUAGGCAAAGCUCUCAGUUGCCGCUCACCUAACCACCCAGGUAUAUACUGCUGCUCACUCGAGGACGGGUUAGACACCAUCUUCGAAACAAUCAAGAAGUCCAGGGUCCACAGGUUGAUGGUGGUGGACGAGCAGAAUUACCUCAAAGGAGUGCUGAGUCUGAGUGACAUUCUGCACUAUCUGCUUGUAGACGGCUCCGAGGAGAAAGACGGUGCUGGGCACGGGCAUCUCAGCGCCGAGAAGAUUUACGGCGCAUGA